AAGUUUCCUACAACCUUUCUAAAUGGAAACCUAUAAGUCAAGCACACUUACCUUGAUUAAAGCAGCGUGAACAAUCACUGCAACAAAUUACAGGCGAUCAUAUUGCAUCAAAACAUCACAAAAUGACAUUACUGACAAGCGAACACCUAGCACAGCACGAACCAAUGUCUCGAAAAUAGAUCAUGAUCACUUUUCUUAAAAGCAUGGGAAAUAAAUCGCCAAUGCACACGUAAGUUCUAAUUUCUAGUUAAUUCCCAAAGUAGUCUUGUUGCUGUAUUAGCUUUUGUUUAUACUUUUUCACUGCUCUGGUACGCUCGCUCUCUAGGUUCGUGGUAGUCGACAUGUGACGAGGAGAGUCACGCGCUUUGGAUCCAGAAGGACCGCACAGAUGACUCACAGUUUUGGUAUACUCUCUUCGGUUGAUUGACUAUGGCGUCAGAGGAUACAGGUGUGCCUUUGGACUCAGCUGAGAACCUGGAGGACAGGAGAGCACAGGAGCAUAGAGCUACAGAGGGGCCAAAGACAGAGGUCCUAGCCAGUCCCAGCCAAGAUGGACCUCAGGUGACGGCAGGCCAGGAGGGAGCAGGUGUCUGUCAGUUCUUCCUGUUGGGAAAGUGUCGUUUUGGAAACAGGUGUCGUCGAUCUCACAGCACUCCAACAUUAGACGACCCAGAGGCUGUUAUAGACCAGGAAAACAGGAAGGAGGGAGAAAAAGAGGGACAACUCAAGAAGAAAGCAAUAGGGAAUAAAACAAACCCGCCAAAAGACACAGAGGGAAAAGGAUCAACCAAGAAGCCCCGUAUGCGUACAGCUGAUGACGUCAUCUCUCGGAUCCUGUGGGACCCGUCGGUGGACCCGGUGGACUUUGUGGUCGGGUACGUGGACCGCUUCCUUGGGGUGCUGGAGCGGCCCUUCUCUGAGUUCAACUGGGACACCAACCCCUGCGAUUGUGACUACUCCUCUGAGCUAGCCCUGCCCAGACACAGGAUUCAGUACUUCACCCAUAGAGGGCGUAGAGUGUGGGACCGCAACAACAGGACUGACAGGGUGUUUGGAUCCACUGGACAGUGUCUGGCAGCCCCCUUUGGACAGGAGGAGGAGCAAGAGCAGGGGACAGGGACACAAGAUGUUGAACAACAAGACCCCAAAAACGACCACCGUGAAUCAAGAGAAGAACAAGAUGGAGUCAUCACUACAGGGGAGGGAGAAGAGAGUGACGAGUCCCUGAUAAAACAGGAUGUUGUAAACGGACACUUGGAGGAAAGAAAUCAGAGCAAGACAAGUGUUCAGAUGCCUGAGUCGACCAGACCAGGCACAGGAAGUACUCCACUGAACCAACAGGAAGCAGGAAGAGAAUCAGAACCCUUGGAAGAGGAAGUUGGGAAGGAUUCCAUUUUAGUCGUCAUAGCAGACCAGAUGUCUCUAUCCCAGAGAGAAAGCGAGAGCAGGGGUGAUGAAGGUGAGAAGGAGGAAGAAUGGAAAGAUUACUGGGAUGGAGAGAAAGGCCCAGACCUAGCCCAGUGUCCAUCUGUGCCUGUGGAGCAGAGAACAGAGAAGGGUGGAGGCCGGCCUUCCAAACGUAAGCCCACCCACUUCAUCACCUUCCGGGCCAACACUCCAGCCAUCCUCUCCUCCUUCCAGCACCUUCAGGAGGAGCUCACCUCCCUCCUCCCCUCAUCCGCCCCUCAUUGGUUGCCCCCCUCCUCCCUCCACGUCACCCUGUGUCUCCUGGUCCUCCCCGGCCCAGCCGAGGUCACUGCCGCUGGGGAGAUGCUCCAACGCUUCGCCUACCUGGACCGCAACCCCCCUGUGGCCGUCUCCUUCCCCCUGAAACUGAAGCACUUUGGUGGGAAGGUUCUCUACCUGAGCCCCCAGCCUCAGCCCCAUCUCCAGCAGCUAAAUGCUGGCCUACAGGAGGCCUUCAGAGAGCAGGGUUGGCUGCACAGGGACUCCUUUAACCCACGCUACCAUCUCACCCUGGCCAAGGUGAAGGACCAGGAGGGGGCGAGGGUGUUUGAGGGGGUGGGGGAGCUGAAGGUGGGUAAGGGGGUGAAUUUUGGGCGACUGCCUAUAAAUAGGCUACACCUGUGUAGCAUGGGGAUGACUGGGGAGGGGUUUUAUGAGACACUGUGUUUGGUCAAUCUCCGGUGAGAUGUAGGUGUGUGUUUGUUUAGGUAUGGAGGUGCUAUUUUACAAAGCACAGAACCCACAUUUCCACACCUCAGUCUCAAUCAUUUUACAUUUAAAGGUGCAAUAUGCAGAAAUCGCUCCGCCAUUUCCUGGUUGCUGAAAUUCAAGUUUGCCUAAGUUCAGUUUUUGACAAAACAAGCAAUCAUUGCUGGUUUUGUGUAGAGAGUUAUUGUACCAUCUAAACCGCUGUGAAAUAUCUUUUCAAUAACCAAAAUAUUGUAUUUUCAGCUUUCUGAAGAUGGCGUACAAAACAGGAAGUAAAAGACACAACAAUGAAACUUAAGAACGGGAAGCAUAGAAAUAGCACUCAGAACAGAUCUACCACUUCUUAGACUUCUUAGAUUUCAAUGACAAUGACAUAUCUAUAACUCACAUUUCUAUGUGAAUUUGGUCCGCUUCCUAAAAGUUUCGUAUUGCAGCUUGAAAAUUACUCCAUUGAUUAAAAUAUGAAAUCCCAAUGUUUCCUGAAGUGCCUCUAUCUGCUACGGACCAUGAUGAAGUAGCUGUAAUUGUAACGACUAAUUUACUGUACCAUGUUGUUUUAAGAAGAAAAAUGCUAUUGCAAACUCUUUGCAAUAAGGAAUUGAGACCAAAAGUUCAAGAGAAGUUUCAAGUGUUUAUUACCAAGAGAAUCCCCAUCCAUCUUCUGUUCUUGGCCUGACCCUGCUCUCUGAUCCUAGGCAAUUUCCUGUUAUCUGAUUAGGUCAACAACCUUUCUAAAUGAGCAUACACACAGUUUCAUGGCCUGAACUCUAUUAACACUCACUGUAAUCAUUUACUACACAGGAUAUAAACAAACUACAGUUUAACUUGAAACAUGUUACAUUUUAAUAGAAUCCAUCAAUGUAUAUAGCUUUCACAGGGAGGAACACCCACAUUCCAUUUCAUUUAGCAGACUUUAAUACUGAUGUAAUAAUGUAAUGUAUUUAAUAUUAUAAUGGCUGAAAUAUUAUCUUUCCAUCAUGGUAACUGCAUCUCAACCAAUCAAUUCUUACUUUGUGGCUUCAUAGAUGAUUUUAAAAUUGUAAUAAGAUUUAAUUUAAUAUGAAUAUUUUAAUAUAAUCCAACAGAAACCCACUGAUUGCUGCUACGUUGAUCAUGUAAAAUGUCUGCUUUUACAAAGAAUUAUGACCUUUUGGAUUUGGAUUGCCAAGGACAUUAAAUAUUGAACUUGUAAUUUU